AUGCAUCACCAGCUCAAACCGCCCGAGGCCGCCACGCUCCCGCGCCACCUCCUUGAAGACCACGUCGUGUCGCUGGUCCGCCAAUGCCGCAGCCUCCGCGCGCUCCGCGGCGCCCACGCGCGCCUGCUCAGGCUCCGCCUCCCGCGCCUCACCUACGCCUUCGCGCUCUCCAAGCUGCUCGCCUCCUGCGCCGCCUCCGCCACGACCGCCGCGGCGGCCUCGUACGCGCGCAGCCUGUUCGACCAAAUCCCCGAGCCAACCGCCUUCUGCUACAACUCCCUCAUCCGCGCGCUCGCCACCCCCACCAACCCCACCGCGGACGCCUUCCUGCUCUACCGCCGCAUGCUGCGCGCGGGCUCCCCGCCCCCCAACAGCUUCACGGUCGCGUUCGCGCUCAAGGCGUGCGCUGCGGUGCCGGCUCUUGGUGAGGGCCUGCAGCUGCACUCGCAGGCCUUCCGCCAGGGGCUGGAACCGAGCCCCUACGUGCAGACCGGGCUGCUUAACCUCUAUGCCAGGUGUGAGGAGGUUGCGCUGGCCAGGAGCGUGUUUGAUGGCAUGGCCGAGGACAGAAAUCUGGUCGCGUGGAGCUCCAUGAUCGGCGGGUACUCCAGAGUGGGGAUGGUUAGCGAAGCGUUGGACCUGUUUCAGGACAUGCAGGCUGCUGGGGUGCACCCAGAUGAGGUCACAAUGGUUAGUGUAAUCUCGGCAUGCGCCAAGGCGGGCGCUCUUGAUUUGGGCAGGUGGGUGCAUGCUUUUAUAGACAGGAAGGGGAUCACGGUCGAUCUUGAGCUGAGCACCGCGUUGAUUGACAUGUAUGCAAAGUGCGGUCUGAUAGAGCGGGCAAGGUUGGUUUUUGAUGCGAUGGUGGAGAGGGAUACCAAGGCAUGGAGUGCAAUGAUAGUUGGACUGGCGAUGCAUGGGCUUGCAGAGGAUGCGUUGGGCCUUUUCUCAAGAAUGCUCCAGCUUAAGAUUAGACCCAAUAAUGUCACCUUUAUAGGUGUGUUGUCAGCCUGUGCUCACAAUGGGUUAGUUGAUGAUGGCCGGCGAUAUUGGUCUACUAUGCAAGAAAUGGGAAUUAAAGCUUCAAUGGAGAACUAUGGUUGCAUGGUUGACCUUCUCUGCCGUUCUGGCCUUUUGGAUGAAGCUUAUUCAUUUGUUACAGGCAUGCCCAUCUUACCAAAUUCAGUAAUUUGGAGGAAUCUUCUUGUGGCGAGUAAAAGCUUGAACAGAACUGAUAUAGUAGGAUUGGCUUCUAAAAAGCUCUUUGAGUUGGAACCGCGGAAUCCAGAGAACUAUGUUCUCCUAUCCAAUUUGUAUGCGUUGAACUCCCAGUGGGACAGAGUGAGGUAUAUGAGGAAAAAGAUGAAGGACAACAAUGUUACUGUCGUUGCUGGCUGUAGUUCAAUUGAAAUAAAUGGCUAUCUGCACAAAUUUGUGGUGAGUGAUGGUUCACACCCUGAAAUAAAGGAGAUAAGAGUGGUACUGAGGGAAAUAGCUGACCAGGUUCUACGAUCUGGCCACAAGCCUUGGACUGCAGCCGUUCUACAUGAUGUUGGUGAAGAGGAAAAAGAAAUUGCACUUUGUGAGCAUAGUGAGAGGCUAGCCAUCGCAUAUGGGUUGCUGAAGACAAAGGCACCUCAUGUCAUUCGGGUGGUAAAGAACUUGAGAUUUUGUCCGGAUUGCCAUGAAGUGACAAAAAUUAUAAGUAAAUCAUAUGGCCGAGAAAUCAUUGUCAGGGACCGUGUACGUUUCCAUAGGUUUAUUGGAGGAAAUUGUUCUUGCAAGGACUUUUGGUGAUUGCUUAACGUACUGAAUCACUGACAUUUGAUUAUCCAAAGCCGGAGAUGUGAUACCUUGAAAAGAAUUUUGUUUAGAAGUGGUGAAAGGGACUUGUGCAGAUACCUGGGGUUCUGAUGUUACUGGAAUAAACUUUAUAUCAUUGAGGUAAAUGUUUUUUUACCAGAACUAGAUGUUGCGUCCUGUCAUCUCCAGUGCUAGUGCAUAGUGUUAUCUAACCAGAAAACAAGCUACAUUAAUGAUAGAGUGGAUGUUGUAUCAACCUAAAAGAAAAGGCGACUGCAUUGCUGUCAUAGCUUUUAUAAAUGUCUC